CAAAAUCAAUAAGCAGUAAAAGUUGUGGGUUUUUAAGAGAGAGCCUAACCCCCUAAACAAACGCAAAAUUUUAGUAAUUAUGAAUCCUCAUUUAAUUUUAGCAUUUGUUGCCAUUGCUUUACCGUUUGCAGCUGCUGGCUAUGGUCACGCUCCAUAUGGUCAAGGCGGCUAUGCUGGCAAUGGUGUUGAAGAACUUAUUAAUGCUGCUACUGCUAACCAACAAGCAGCUGCUGCUUCACUUACCGCCACCGCCGAUGUUGGUGCCUCACCUGCCGCUCAAGCUGGUUUAGCUCAGGCCAAUGCCCAACUCCAAGCUUUGAAUGCCAAUCCUUCCUAUCAAAAUCUCAAAAAUUCAGAUACCAUUGCUGAAACUUUGGCUGAAAACACUUUGGCUUCGAAUAUACGUCAAGGCAACAUUAAUGUGGUGGCUCCCAAUGUUGUGGGACAAACCGCAUUCCGUUCCCUCUUGGUUCCUCAAGGUUUAAAUAAUCAUCAAGUUAUUGCCACACAACCUCUACAACCCAUUAUUGUCAACCAACCCGGUUCACCACCCGCACAAAUUAGCAGUGGUCCCCCGGCUGUAGUUAGAGCUGCUCCCGUUGUGUACAAAUUGAAACCUUCCAUUAUCUACCAACAAGAAGUUAUCAACAAAGUACCCACACCUCUUAGCCUCAACCCAGUAUACGUUAAAGUAUACAAACCCGGCAAGCAAGUCGAUGCUCCCGUUUCCGCUCCUGUUUAUGGUCAAGCUGCCAGUUCUUUUGGUGGUAGUUCAUCAGCUGGUGCCUCUGCUGGAGCUGGAGAAGUUUCGUAUGGUGGUGCUCAAUACGCCAGCGCCGCUCAAUAUGUAGCUCCUCAACCUGCCUAUGGAGCUCAGCCAGCAUAUUGAUUUGGCCAGAGUAUAGUUUAAAUUUUAAAUUAUUUACACGUUGACUCGAAUUUUAUUCGUAAUAUAAUUAGGUUACGUGAACAUUUUGUACUCAAUAAAAAAAUGUUAUUUUUUAUACAUAAAUUUUAAAAAAUGUGUGCAUUACUUUUUAAAGUUUUUUAAUAAAUAAACCAAAGAUUAACAGAGUUAAGAAGGAAUAAUAUUAAAA